AUGACGGAUUUGAUCGAUUUACGCAUGCAUCAACACAUUGCACACGAAAUCUACCGUCAGCAAAUGUUGCAACGGAUACCAGAUCCGUUCCCAACGAUGCUGCCGGUUCCGGUACCACCGAUGCAUGCGAUGGCACUGCCACCUCGCUACUCGCUACCGGGUGUGGAGCUGAAGCUGCAAAACAAGGAGCUUUGGCGAGAAUUUCACAAGAUCGGUACCGAGAUGAUCAUCACCAAAAGUGGACGCCGAAUGUUUCCCUCGAUGCGGCUCACGGUGGAUGGACUCGACGCGGACACAAAUUAUUGCGUGCUGCUGGAAAUGAUGCCCAUUAGCGACUGUCGGUUCAAGUUCAGCGGGUCCCAGUGGGUACCGGCGGGCGGUGCCGAACCCCAGAGUCCCCAGCGCUUCUGCCUUCAUCCGGACAGCCCGGCGCUCGGUACGCACUGGGCCUCGCAGCCGAUCGUCUUCAACAAGGUGAAGCUCACCAACAACACGCUCGACAACAAUGGUCACGUCGUACUAACCAGCAUGCACAAGUACCAGCCGAGGAUACACAUCAUCCGUACGUCGGAUCCCUCCCAGAUUCCUUGGGCUGCCCAGCAAGCGUUCGUUUUCCCGGAAACCGAGUUCGUUGCCGUCACGGCGUAUCAGAACGAUCGCAUCACGAAGCUAAAGAUCGAUAACAACCCGUUCGCCAAAGGGUUCCGUGAGACGGGCCAGUCGCGCUGCAAGCGAAAGAUGGGAUGCAACGCUUCGACCUCAUCCUCGUCCUCCUCAUCGUCCUCGUCCGGUGCGGGCCACGGUGGGGUGGGCGGAGGUAGCGGCGACGGUGGACCGGACGGUGGUGGACAGUUGACAGACGACGAGGAUCGCCACGACCUGCACGACCUGAUCAAGCGGCCGAGAUCAAACGGUUCACCGGCUUCCGACUGUACCGUGCACGAGGGUGGACCACCGAUGCAUCAUCCCCGUCUGCAUCAGUCGGCGCUGCGCCCAUUCCCAGCCUCGCCCGAGCUGCUGAUGCGCCAGUACAAUCAGAUGUUUAACCCGAGCUGGAUGGAUCUGAUGUUGCCAUACUUUGCCCGCCAUCAUCACCCGUACCAUCAACCGCAUCCACAUCCACACCAGACGCCACAUCACCAGCAUCACCAUCAUCAUCAUCCCCCGGGACCGUUCGGUGGGGCGUUGGCGCAUCCGGGGAUGGUAACCGCCACCGGCAGCAGCCAGGUCGCCGCUCCGAUCGUUUCACCCGCCCACUCCAACCCGGACUCAACCGAUCUCGAUCGUUCGUCGGCCUUUAGUGUGCGGACGCCUCAGACCAGUGGCAGCGAUUACGAAGCGAGUGAGCGGGUAUGCCCCCAACCGGACAGUCCGGAUGGGUCACCGAAACCGACGGUUUUGCGACCGUCCGCUAUCCGACCGACGGGGUCGAGUCCUGCCACUCCUACCGAAGCACCGCAUCAGCUCGGAGCCGUCGACCCAACAGAUCCCAAUGGUGAUGGAGAUCGCAAGAUUAACUUCAGCAUCGCUUCGAUUUUGCUCCUCUAG